AAAUUCCAAACGGAAAAAAAACAAAGUAACAGUGCUAUAAAGAUAUGCAUUGAAUGGUCCUUUAACUCUCAACCACAAAACCUUAAAGGAGAGAAAAGAACCAAUUGAAAUGAGAAUUUGUGGAGGAAAAAGGUUAAUGUUCCAAGUUUCUGUUCCUCCCAUCUCAAUAUUUGCCACCAUAAUCUGCCUAACUUUACCUUUUCUACCACCAAUCUUAUCCCUACAAUCUGCAGUGAAUGUUUGGCCUAAACCAAGGCUGGUUUCAUGGCCAAAACCACUUGCCAGAUCCCUUUCUACAAACUUCACCAUCAAUUCUCCUUACCAUCAAAACCUCCAACCGGCUAUCAGCCGUUACCUCCGCCUCUUCCGGACCGAGCACCACCAUCCCCUUAUCACCCCUUCCGUCAAUGUUUCCACCUCAUCCCCUCAUUUGCAAACUCUUUCCAUCGAUAUAUCAGAUCCCGCAGCACCCCUUCAACAUGGGGUCAAUGAGACCUACUCCCUCUCCAUUUCUGAAGAAGGUGAAACAGCCAAUUUGACAGCCGAAACCGCAUGGGGUGCGAUGAGGGGUUUAGAGACGUUUUCGCAGUUGGUAUGCGGCAAUCCAUCGGUUGUCCCCGUUGGCUUGUAUAUCUGGGAUGCUCCCUUGUUUGCACACAGGGGAGUCAUGUUGGAUACAUCAAGGAAUUAUUAUGGGGUUGAAGACAUAUUAAGGACUAUUGAAGCAAUGAGUGCUAACAAGCUUAAUGUAUUCCAUUGGCAUGUUACUGAUUCGCAUUCAUUUCCUCUGAUGGUGCCUUCGGAGCCUGAGCUUGCUGCCAAGGGAGCUUAUGGACCUGACAUGAUAUAUUCUCCCUCAGAUGUGGCUAAGAUUGUUCAGUUCGGGUUGGAACAUGGGGUUAGAGUCCUACCGGAAAUCGAUUCACCAGGGCAUACAGGUUCAUGGGCAGAAGCCUAUCCGGAAAUAGUUGCAUGUGCAAACAUGUUCUGGUUGCCGGCCGGAAGUGAUUGGGGUGAUAGGCUUGCAUCUGAGCCAGGAACUGGCCACUUAAACCCCUUGAACCCCAAAACUUACCAAGUUCUCAAGAACGUAAUCCGUGAUGUAUCUAUCUUAUUCCCUGAAACAUUCUACCAUGGUGGAGCUGAUGAGAUAGUUCCUGGAUGUUGGAAAGCUGAUCCGACCAUUCAAUCUUUCAUCGCCAAUGGUGGAACCCUCAGCCAGCUGCUGGAAACCUUUGUUAACUCUACUUUGCCUUACAUUCUUUCCCUCAAUCGUACCGUGGUCUAUUGGGAGGAUGUUUUAUUAGAUGGUAUUGUGAAAGUAGACUCCUCAUUUCUUCCAAAGGAGCAUACCAUUUUGCAAACAUGGAACAGUGGUACAAGCAACACCAAAAUGAUCGUUGAAGCCGGAUACCGGGCGAUCGUAUCAUCUUCAGACUUCUAUUAUUUGGACUGUGGCCAUGGAGAUUUUCUAGGGAAUGAUAGCCAAUAUGAUCAGCAAGCAGGGGGCGAAUCUUUAAAUGGGGGGUCUUGGUGUGGACCAUUUAAAACAUGGCAAACUAUUUAUGACUAUGACAUAACUUAUGGUUUGAGUGAAGAUGAAGCCAAAUUGGUGCUUGGUGGUGAGGUGGCAUUGUGGUCGGAACAAGCUGACCCUACAGUUUUGGAUGCAAGGAUUUGGCCAAGAACUUCAGCAAUGGCCGAGACAUUGUGGUCAGGGAACCGCGAUGAGUAUGGGAAAAAGAGAUCUGCCGAGGCAACCGAUAGGUUGAACGAGUGGAGGUAUAGGAUGGUAAGUAGAGGGGUCAAGGCUGAACCAAUUCAACCACUGUGGUGCGUUAGAAAUCCAGGGAUGUGCAACGCAGUCGAGUCAUCCUGAUUUACCCAUGUGAUAUAUGUUUAAUUAUCUUAAAAUAGAGUGAAAACACAAAAUGGUUAUCUACCUCACUGGUUUACAAUGAGAACGCCUCUUUCAUCUCUCAUCUUGUAUGGAUAUUUCAAUUGAUUAGUAAAAGAAAUCUCGUAUAUUUUGCA